AUGCGAUGUGCAUGUCGUGCAUGUCGAUUUGCAAAAUGUGUUGCUGUUGGAAUGAAUCCGAACGCAGUACAAUGCAAUCGAACUAGUCGUUUAGCGUCUCCAAAAACAGAAGAUACAUCCGAUAUUGCUUCAGGUGAUUAUCCCCCUGGCUCAUGCCAAUUAAGAUUUAAUACUUUGGAAAAUAGUGAUUUUAUGGUGAAAUCGAAUGGUGAAAAUGCACUGGAUCUUGAUACGUCAAAACGUGGUUAUACAGUAUCUGCUUUGCUUGAUCUACCACAAAUUCCAUGCUCGUCACUGUCGCCUUAUAAUAUGCGCGAAGCAGUGGAAAAUAUUUCAUCGUUACAGCGAUUUGAUUUUGGAAAACGAGAAUUAUCCGAAGAAUCGAAAAAGAAAAUAACACAAUUUAUUUCGCUACAAAAUAAAAUAGAUGAAUUUAUCGCUUCGAAUUAUGAAUUUCGCGAUUCUUUGCUUGAACUUUUAACGAAACCGUCGAUAUUUGAUCGAAAACUCAAUCUACAUAAGGCGGAUGAAAAUAACGAUAUUUCAGUAGGACGAGAGAUAAAUCAACAUGUGGCACUUGUAAUCGAAUAUGCGAAAACUUUUGAAGUAUUCAAGUGGAUGAAUCUUAAAGCUAAGCUCUAUCUUUUACGAAGUAUAAUAUUUAUCAUUGUUUUUUUCGAUAUUUCAUAUAAUAUUUAUGCAAAAAAAAUGGUUUAUAAGUCAAUUGCUAUCGAAAAAAAAUCAAAGGAUGUACGACAAGGAUCAGCCAGAUAUGGUUAUCUUCUGAGUAUUUCAUGGACAUUAAAUAGUGUUUUUAAGAAAUACAAAGACGACGUAGCGAAGAUUGGCCCACAUGCUUUAACCAAAGAACUUAUAUCCGACGUGAUUCCAGUGAAUCUAUUUUGA